ACAUCUCCGUUGACAGUAAAGUUGUAGAUUCUGCAGUUCAGAAUGAAGAUCUUGGUUUUUCUGGUCCUCCUGGGUCUACACAGCGCAGCAGCAGGGAUUCACUCUCUGAAGAAUAUCUUGACUAUGUCCUCUCAAGUCCCAAACUCCCCAGAGUUUGUGAUUGUUGGGAUGGUUGAUGAUGUUCAGAUAUAUCACUAUGACAGCAACACCAGGAGACUAGAACCCAAACAGGACUGGGCAAACAGAGUCACAGAAGAUGAUCCACAGUUCUGGGAGAGGAAGACUGCCAGAUGUUUGGAUACCCAGCAUCUCUUUAAAGGCUACAUUAAAACUUUAAAGCAUCGCUUCAACCAAACUGGAGGUGUCCAUAUUUUCCAGUGGAUGGUUGGUUGUGAAUGGGACGAUGAGACUGGAGAGGUUAAUGGAUUCAGACAGGUUGGUUACGAUGGAGAAGACUUCCUAUCGUGGGAUGUGAAGACAAAUACAUGGAUCGCUCCAAAACAACAGGCUGUUAUCAUCAAAAACAAUUGGAACAAUGACAAAGCACUUAUGGCAUAUUAUAAGAACGACAUCACCCAGGAGUUCCCUGACCGGCUGAAGAAGUUUGUGAACUACGGGAGGAGCUCUCUGAUGAGAACAGAGCUUCCCUCAGUGUCUCUCCUCCAGAAGACUCCCUCCUCUCCAGUCAGCUGCUUCGCUACAGGUUUCUACCCUGACAGAGCCGAGAUAUUCUGGAGGAAAGAUGGAGAGGAGCUUCAUGAGAACGUGGAACUUGGAGAGAUCCUCCCCAACCAUGAUGGAUCCUUCCAGAUGAAUGUUGACCUGAACCUUUCACCAGUCACACCUGAAGACUGGAGGAGGUACGAAUGUGUGUUUCAUCUCUCUGCUGUGAAGGACGACAUCAUCACCAAACUGGAUAAAACAGCGAUUCAGACGAACUGGGGCAAGACAGGUUUCCCUCUUGGUGCUGUUAUCGGAGUUGUUGUUGUACUGCUGCUCCUGGUAGUCGGCAUCACUGGAUUCUUCCUCUGGAAAAAACGCAACGCAAAGCAGCCUCCAGGUCUUGGUUCGCCCGCUCCGUCUGGCCGUUGGACUGAGGAUGGUACCCGGACGAGAGGCUAG